AUGUUGGGUGACUUCAGUGCACAUCCUAAUGAACUGUUUUGUAGACAUUUAUGGAAAUUUUGUGAUAAUCAGACGUGGACUUGUGUGGACCUUAAUCUUAUGAAAACUGAUGACACGUAUACUUUCAUUAGUGAGGCCCAUGAUUGUGUAAGGUGGUUGGAUCAUUGCAUUGUCACGAAUGCAGCGUUGUCCACGAUAGUUAAUGUACAAGUCGAGUAUGACGUGCAAUGGUCUGAUCAUUUCCCACUUAUAAUAGAUUGUGACUUGAACCUGGUGCCGUAUAGGCACACAACGGUCUCUGCAAUGGUAUUCAGUGGAGUUGUAUGGGGGGAACGUACUGACGAAAACCUUUGUAAUGCAGUAUUUCAUGUUCUAUCCAAACAAUCUCCUUUACACAAAGAAAGUGCUAUAUUUUCGAGAUUUUUAUAUAAAUUUGAUAAAAAAUUUAGAAAUGACAUAGGAUAUAGACAUUUUAAGAAAGUUAAUUCAGCCUUACGUAAAUAUUUAAGCUUGACGUUGAUCAAGGACAUACAAAAUUUUGUGAAUGCUUUGCCUGAUAACAGUGAACCAGUUGUACAUGUUCCUACAAAGCAGAUGUUAGAGUAUGUUCUUUUAAGAAUGAUGGCAUUUUCAAAACUUAUGUUUAGAAUUACAACAGGCUCUAAGCAGGCAGCUGUCUUCUAUCUGGACAGAAUUAAACGAGGUGAAAGCCAUUGGAUGUGUCUAAUGCCAUAUGCAUUGUUGAGCAGAGUGUGGUCGAUGUCAUUUGUACUGUUGCAACACUCAUGCAACUGGUACAAUCAACUCUUUCCAAUACUAGACCAAUUAGAGUACAAAGGUCUGAAAUUCUUACCAGAGAAUUAUGUCUUGCCAUCUAACUUAGAAAAUUGGAUUGACAUGAAAAAUUUAAAUAAUGUCGGAAGAUUUGAAUGGUCCCAUAAAUUAGAUACAAAUUUUGCAUCAUUAAUAGAUGAAGAUGAGGACAAGCUGAGUGAAAAUAUUCUUAAAUUUGUUGACAAAAUUAAUGAUAAUAAAAAUACUGGAGAUUCGGAACAGGAAACACACCUGUUGCUACCAAAAACCAAUACAUAUGUUAACACUAUCACUAAGCUACAUAAUGAUGAUCAAGGUGAAGCAAUUUCAAGAGACAGUUUCAAAAAGUUUAUGAAAAAUCUACCACCAGUUUUAGUUAAUCCAUCUGUUGAAACAGUAAGGAAAGAACACAGUAUUGAAAACAUAAGUGACGGAGAUUCUUUAAAUCAAUUUGUUUCCAAUGAAGAAACUUACAGAAAUAAAUCAAAUGAAAAAUGUCUUACCAGUCAUUUAAGUUUUAUGCAGUGGCAAGCAUUAAAGAACAUUUUGGAAAAACUUGAUUGUGCUCUCAUGAAUAAGAAAAAACUAAAAACAAAGAUAAAAAAAAUAUGGAAAGAAAGGUGUUUGGAAUACAAGUAAAUAAAAACAUUUUAUUGAAA